UUGAAAUUUCUUAAAAAAAACAAAAUUGGAGAUUAGUGUUUCCUGCUGCGAAGGAAAAAAAUCAAGAAAUGGCAGAAGGCAUCCUGUGCGAUUUGGCUGGAAAUCUCUUGGGGGGUCUGGCAUCAUUGGCUUACCAAGAACUUGGUUUGGCUUGGGGAGUCAAAGCAGAAAUCAGCAAGCUCAACCACACUGUUUCCUUGAUAAAAGGUGUGCUUCGUGAUACGGAGGAGCAACAAAGAAACAACAACCAUGAAGUGACAGUCUGGCUCGGACAGCUCAAACAUGUGCUUUACGAUGUGGAUGACUUGCUUGACGAUUUUUCCACUGAAGCUUUGCGGCGAAAGAUAAUGACCGGGAAUGAAAUGGUGAAAAAGGUACGCAUUUUCUUCUCCAAAUCAAACCAGCUUGCAUAUAGUCUCCAGAUGGGUCAUAGAGUUAAAGCCAUUAGAGAGAGGCUAUAUAAGAUUGCAGCUGAUAGAGCCAAAUUUCACUUUACUGACCGCCCCAUAGAGUCACUGCUUGAACUUAAGGAGAGGGAUCAAACUCAUUCCUUUGUGCCUGAAGAAGAAAUAAUUGGAAGAGAUGAUGAUAAAAAGAAAUUUGUAAAACUGCUGCUACAAUCCGAACUUGAAGAAAAUGUUUCAAUUGUUCCCAUAAUAGGGAUUGGAGGGUUAGGAAAGACCACAUUAGCUAAAAUGGUGUUCAACGAUGAAAACGUUGGGAAACAUUUCCAGCUAAAAAUGUGGGUUUGUGUCUCGGAGAAGUUUGAGCUAAAAGUCAUUGUGGAAAAAAUCAUUGAGGCUGCAACUGGAAGCAAACCUGAAAACGACCUUCAGAUGCAAACACUGCAAAAUAUUCUUCGAGGCAAGAUUAAUGGAAAGAAGUACUUGCUAGUUCUAGAUGAUGUAUGGAAUGACGAAUCUGAAAAGUGGCGCAAUUUGAGAAAUUUGCUAUUAGGAGGUGCAAGGGGAAGUUGGAUUGUUAUCACCACUCGUAGUAGCCGGGUUGCAGAAAUCACAGGUACAGUUUCGCCACAUGAGCUUAAAGGAUUGUCAAAAAGCCAAUCAUGGUCACUACUGAAGCAAAUGGCAUUUAAAGAACAAAGCCACGAAUCCAACAGUUCACACUUUGAAAAAAUUGGAAUGGAGAUCGCAGGGAAGUGUAAAGGGGUCCCUCUUGCCUUAAGGGUGAUAGGAAGUGUACUAUUUAAAAGAACAGAAGCAGAAUGGUUAAAGGUGAAGAAUAAUAAUGUUAAGUAUAUAACUCGACCAGAAAGUGGCAUUAUGCCAAUUUUAAAGUUGAGUUAUGAUCAUCUUCAACCGCAUUUGAAGCAAUGUUUUGCUUUUUGCUCUUUAAUUCCGAAGGACUCAGAGAUGGAGGUGAAACAAUUGAUCAAAUUUUGGAUGCACCAAGGGUUUCUCCAGCCACAAUGCGGAGACGAAGAUCUAGAAGAUGUUGGGCAUGAGUAUUCAUGGAUUUACUUUGGAGAUCUUUUUUUCAAGUUGCAGAAGAAGAUGAUUCAGGAAAUGUGGAGAGUUUCACAAUGCAUGAUCUAAUGCAUGAUCUUGCAUGCUUUGUUGCUGGGACUGAGUGCUGCAUUGCAGGUCUAGAAGCAGAAAAUGUAGAUGAAAGAACUCGCCAUGUGUUUUUUGAA